ACACUUAAAGACCACACUCUUCGUGAAAUUUCCAAUAUCUGUGAAAUUUCCAAUAUCACUCCAAUUCCCGAUAUGACAACAGCAUUCCUUAACGAUGUGUCUGAUGAUUUUAAAAAAUUAUACGAAACUAAAGAAGGUCAUGAUGCUAUUAUCGUCGCUGGACAAGAACCAAACGUUAAAGAAUUCCAAGUCCAUUCUUUGAUCCUUCGUACUAGAUCAUCUUAUUUCCGUUGUGCAUUUUCUGCUAAUUGGGCUGAAAAAAACGAAGAUGGCCAUUUAGUUUUGAAAAAGCCUAAUAUUAAUGUAUUAGUCUUCGAAAUUAUUCUUAA